AAUCGGCAGGUUUGAUGGUGAUGAUAGGUGCAAAUCAUUCAAUAUCCAAUAUUGAACUGAGCUCGGCUAAUCAGUUAGAUAUAUAAUAAUCUAAAAAGUAGAGGAUAUUCCCAUAACUAUGGAACAAAAACGUUCAACCGCUGUGUACAGUAGUGUUCGAAACUGGUUUUAAAUUGCAAUUAUUUCAAUUUUUGAAACAAAUUGAGCCGGAUACAUAGCGUAGAUGGAUGAACGCGUGGGUUCGGUGAUGCGGGUGCUGACUGCGAUGGAGGAGCUCGACCACAGCGAGCUGACACGCGGCAACGUGAAGGCGGCGUCACGUGCCGUCGAGAGCAUCAGUAACGACCUGCGGAAGGAUACCGGUGUUUCCAAUGCGGCAGAUUCGUUCACAAAGCUCUUGACCAUGGCUGAGAAGGGAAACUGGACAGAGCUUCGGAACGCCCGCAACAACGGCCUCAUGCCCAACGCCAGACAAGAGGUUGACGAACUGGUCAGCAGUCUCCAAAAAACUGCUUCGGUCACACCAUCGCCUGCGAUGGGUCAGCCAGCGAAAAAGAAGGACGUUGACAGGGGGUAUCCGCCCCAACACACGGCCGAGAGCGACCGCGAGUACCAGCGCCGGAAGAGGGAUGCGGAACUAGAGCACCCAGAGCGCCGCCGCCUCGAGCCGAGCUGGUCCGCCACGCCACCUUCCGAUUAUGACAAAUGCGAUCUAAGGAGACGAGAUGAUCCAAAACAAGUUAGCAGUCAAAUAAGUCAGCUGGCAGCGGAGCGAUUGCGCGGUACCAAAUCCGUUGCUUUGGACGAAGCGACCACGCCCAAGCACGUGUCGGACAUGUUCGUGGAUCUGUACAACGGCGAGUGGACCGCAGCGUACGAGGAACUCAACAAGUCUAACCGGGACGCCGGCGAAACCAUACAACAUUUGAUCAGAAUCCUUCAGAACGCUUACGACCACUGCCUGAAGACGGCCGAGAGUCAGAUCAUGAACAUGCUGAUGCACAUGGAGAACGAGAUGCUGUACCCCAACAUCUCCGCCCAAUCAAGAUCUGCGCUGGAGGCUCAAGUAAGGCCAGACCGACGUAACGUCGCCCUGGUCCGCGAGAGCGACGACAUGAUCAAGGAAUACCGGAAAUACGGAGCGACAGCCUCGCUGCCAGUUAUUAAAUGGCUUUUUUACGAAGACAUUCUGAAGACUAUCCAACCCGCCCAAAGGCCCACCACCGCCCAAGUUGCCUACGUCGACCGCUGUGUGGACGUCUGCUGGCUCAUGGUAACCCAGAACACGCCGAUGCACCUUGAGUUCUGCCGCCAAGGGGACCGUCCUUCCGCAAUGUUCCGGCCGUUUACACGAAUGGGCAAUGCCGUGCAAAACUGCGUCUGGCCGGCGCUUUUCUUGAGCAAAGGGGGAUCACUCAUGGAGAAAGGAGUUGCGCACCUUGUCUAGAAUCUUAGUUUCUAUCUGGUUCUAUUAUCUUUUCAAAACAGGGGCAUUGUUACUGCCUGAUGAUCGAUUUCGUUGCCCCUUUUUACGUUAUUGUUAUGAUUUGUGCGUGUGUGAGAAUGAUUUAUGUAAUUACGGAAACCGUCAUUUAUUGCACAAUAUUUUGCACAAACAUAUUUUUCCCU